UUGAUUUGAAAAUAUCAAAAAUAGAGAUUUCAUAACCUUUUUUAGUUAUGCGGAUAAUAAUCGUUUUGUUUCCCUGACAUCUCACUGAUAAUAAUUUGAAAACAGUGCACUAAAACAACAACAACAACAUGUCUGUCCCAUCAACCGAUACCACACUUCCCGUAACCGAUAAUAUUGUCCGUAACACCAAAUAUGACCGCGAUUUCUACUUUUUGGGCAAAUCUGUAUUAAGACUAGGAAUAUGUAUAUUCAUUGUGACAAUUGUAGCAAAGUUUGCUUUUGGGGACAAUGUGUCGCCAAUAUUAAUAACAGUGCUCUGCGUUAUCGGUGUCUUAUUAAUUAUAUUAGGAAUCAUUCGCAUCACCUGUUCCUAUAGAUCCGUUAGAAGACACCAAUUAUCAAAUGGUCGGUCACGGGAUGAACCGGUACACGUGUCCACUAUUUCUAACUUUCGGGCCUUCAUUCGAGAUAAUAGUCGACAAAAUGAUAGACCAGUCGUACAAUUGGAGGACAGACCUCCACUUUAUUCUAAUAAUCAUUUAAAUUACGGCACAACGUCUGUAAUGUCAAUACUUCCCAAUUAUGAUCCACCGCCCAGUUAUGAACAAAGUCAAUACAAUACGAGACAAAGUUAAAUAACUGACCACUUUAUCAAAUAAAUUAUAAUUCAAUAUAUUUUUUAAUUAUCAAAAAAAU